CCGGGAUAGAAUGAGGCGCCCUUCUAUUGGCUGCCGUUCGCUGGCGUCACCAAGGAGCGCCCGCCUCUGCGAAAGUCUUCGUGGAGCAGCUGGGCGCGCUAGUCCUGCAGAUCCUCGGGCGAGUCGGUUUCCAGAACGCGGUGCUGGUGUCUAGGCGCCUGCUGACCUUGGCCCCCCAACCCCGUGAGCCCGCGCCCGACAGCUCAGGGCACCCCGCAAGACCGGCUGCCGCGGCCAGGACCCACGGUUUUCUUCAUAGGUUCUGAUGCUGGUCUCCUGCAGAAGGUUGCUCAAAACUCUGCUGCAGGCUCAGAAGUGGCCCUUUCAACCCUCCAGAAAUAUGAGACUGGUGCAGUUCCAGGCACCCCACCUGAUGGGACCUCACCUGGGCUUGGAGUCAGGGAAUGGCGGGGGGGUCGUCAACCUCAACGCCUUUGACCCCACACUGCCCAAGACGAUGAUGGAGUUCCUGGAGCAGGGAGAGGCCACUCUCUCAGUGGCAAGAAGGUAAAUCAGCAGGCAGCUACAGUGGCUGCCCUGCUACCCACCCCUUCCCACCCCCAUCCCUGCCCUGGGAAACACAGUUAGCUGGUAA